ACCUAGGUUGGCUGUCGAUCGCCCGCCCGCGCGCGCGCGUCUGGUGAUGCGUACCGUGCGUGGCAGUGCGACGCGACGACCUCCCCCCUCUCCUCGGCUGGCUGGGCUGGCUGCCUCCGCGCGGCGCGCCCCCCUCUAUAAAGCGGCGCGGCGUCUCAUGGGCACAAGCACAGCAAACGGCGCCUGCCCGCUUCGAACCGGUCUCCUCUCUCAUCCUCGACCCGCGCCUCCCGUUGGCGUCCGCCUCCCAUAGUCCCAUCUGAUCCCGUGCAGUUGGAGGUUAGGAGCUGCUCAAAAUGGUGACCAAGCUGGUGGACCUCCGGUCGGACACGGUCACCAAGCCCUCGGAGGCGAUGCGCGCCGCCAUGGCCGCCGCGGACGUGGACGACGACGUCUUGGGCGCUGACCCGACCGCCCACCGCUUCGAGACGGAGAUGGCGAGGAUCAUGGGCAAGGAGGCCGCGCUGUUCGUGCCGUCCGGCACCAUGGCCAACCUCAUCUCCGUCCUCGUGCACUGCGACACCAGGGGCAGCGAGGUCAUCCUCGGCGACAACUCCCACAUCCAUAUCUACGAGAACGGCGGCAUCUCCACCAUCGGCGGCGUCCACCCCAAGACCGUCAGGAACAAUCCCGACGGAACAAUGGACAUCGACAAGAUUGUUGCUGCCAUCAGGCAUCCGGAUGGGGCUCUCUACUAUCCAACCACAAGGUUGAUCUGCCUGGAGAAUACCCAUGCAAACUGCGGUGGGAAGUGUUUGUCUGCAGAAUAUACUGACGAGGUUGGUGAAGUUGCCAAGAGUCAUGGUCUGAAGCUUCACAUAGAUGGAGCUCGCAUCUUUAAUGCAUCUGUGGCCCUUGGAGUUCCUGUUCAUCGACUUGUGCAAGCUGCCGAUUCAGUCUCGGUGUGCAUAUCUAAAGGGUUAGGCGCUCCCGUUGGAUCAGUUAUUGUUGGUUCGACGGCCUUCAUAGAUAAGGCUAAAAUUCUUAGGAAGACACUAGGUGGUGGGAUGAGGCAAGUGGGAAUUCUUUGUGCUGCUGCCUAUGUUGCUGUCCGUGAUACUGUAGGGAAACUUGCUGAUGACCAUAGAAGGGCUAAAGUUUUAGCAGAUGGCCUGAAGAAAAUUAAACAUUUUAGAGUUGAUUCAACUUCAGUGGAGACCAAUAUGGUAUUCUUUGAUAUUGUGGACUCACGCAUAUCACCUAAUAAACUGUGUCAAAUCCUUGAACAUCGCAAUGUGCUUGCCAUGCCAGCAAGCUCAAAGAGCAUGAGGCUUGUCGUCCACUACCAAAUUUCUGACAGUGAUGUUCAGUAUGCACUGGCAUGCUUGGAGAAAGCUGCUGAAGAAAUACUGACAGGCAGCAAGAAGUUUGAACAUUUGACAAAUGGUAGUACCAGAAAUUCAUACGGGCACUAGUAGAUCAUUUCUUUCGUGCCCACCGAUGCACCAAUCCAGCUUCCAGCUUGUUUGUGAUUUAAUGUCUGAUGCAGUCACAGCUUUGCUUAAUACAGUAAUAAUUAGUGUCCGGUCUUUGUUCGGAUGAGCUUUGUGUAGUGGUUCACCUUC